AUGCCUUUUAUUAUUCCACCACAAUCUGACAAUUGCAUUGCUACUACAGAUACUGUCGAGAAAUUCAACUUGCUUGUUGAGAAAUACAAACAUGUUAUUGACAACGAUGCUACUGCUCGUUGCAUGAUUGGAUUUGCUGCAGCCAGUAUCAUUCAAAAUGACGGCCACAUGGAUUUUUACUCUAUUGAAAGCUGGCUUGAAUCCAUCGGCAUGCCAGCGCCAUCACAAGACCAGCAAGUGUAUGCAUCUGAGGAGGAUGACAGUGUCGACAAGAUUAUGUCUGUCUUGGCACAUACCACAAGCGAAUAUUGCCAAGGCAACCAACUGCUACAUGAUCAAGUUGAAUCAGCGGAUGACGUUCAUGACGAGCUUGCAGCCAUUGAUACAUCGCCCCCACCGCUCAAUCGCUAUGUCAGCCGUGGUCCAUAUACCUCCAACGAUUCAUACCCUACGCAUGUCUACAUUCCUGCCCGUAUUCAUGUCAACCAUCCACUUGGAAAUUUAUUUUUACCAUUGGAGUCUUCCUGCUAA